AAGUUAGGGUUAGGGUUCUAGCGAGGUUUAGAUUGCCGCCAUGGCGAAGCCAGCGCACAAGAAGAAGGAUGGCGCUUCUUCUUCUUCUGCGGCAUUGAAGCCGAGAAAUGCAGCUGGCAAGAAGAAGCGCGGCGAUUCAGGGAAGAGCAAGGGAUUUGGCGAGAAGAACAAGGGCAGCAAGGUCGCGAUUGCAAAAUCAGGGCAUUUUCAGAAGAAGCGUAGCGGUGGAGGGGAUCAAUCACGAACACCGCAAGAAAAGAAGCGAAAACUAUCGUUUAAGAAAGACGAGGGGGUAAACGAAGACGCUGCAAAGCCUUCGGACAUUCACAAGAAAUUCGACAAGAAGAAACCUGUGGAUCGCAAAGCUAAGAAGGAGCUUCUGGAGUCCCGGAAAAGGAAGCGAAAACCAAAUUUCGACAUUGAAAAGGACGUUGUCUCGCUAUGGGAGAAAAUGAGGCAGAGAAACAUAAAGGCCGAAGAUCGAUCAAGGAUUGUGUCAGAAACAUUGGCGAAGAUGAAAGGGAAAAUGGUGCAAAUGGCCAUGUCUCAUAGUUGCUCGCGUGUUUUGCAAUCUUGUGUCAAACAUUCUCAAGAGGCACAAAAAAACGAGGUUUUUCAAGAGCUCAGGCCCAGCUUCCUAGAUUUGUGUUUGAACACUUACGCUUGUCACCUUGCACUGAGAAUGAUUGACAAUGCUAAAAAGGAUCAGCUUCAACAACUUCUUUCAAUUCUGCAUGGGAAUGUUGUGCGUCUUCUUAGGCAUCCGACUGGCUCAGCUGUUGUCGAGCAUGCCUAUCACGCUGCCAGUGGUUCUCAAAAACAGGAGCUUGUAUCGGAAUUUUUUUCUCCCGAGUUCCGCUUGUUUAGAAACAUUACCAAAGGAAGGAUCAAGGAGAUACUUUCCGAUGAACCGGCUGCCAAACGUAAAACGGUUCUGGAACACAUGACACUAAGUAUUCAACCGAUACUAGAGAAAGGAAUAGUCGACCACUCAAUUAUUCACCGAGUACUUGUCGAAUAUUUGAGUAUAGCUCCAAUGAGUAUGGUUGGUAAUAUUGUUGACCAACUUUCGGGACCUCUUCUCGUGCGUAUGCUCCACACAGCAGAUGGUGCGAAACUUGGUGUUCUGUGUGUGCGCCAUGGAUCUGCAAAACAAAGGAAGAAGAUUAUUAAAGCGUUGAAGGGUCAAGUCUUAAAGGUUGCUCGCGACGAUCAUGGUUAUGCUGUCCUUCUGAGUGUAAUUGACGUUGUUGACGAUACUGAACUUGUGACCAAGGUUAUCAUGUCAGAAUUGGCAACAGAAAUCAGGGAGUUAAGUGUGAACAAGUAUGGCCAGCGAUUAAUUCUACAUCUUCUCACACCAAAUAUACCGAGAUAUUUUCCUGCGGAGCUGCUGAAGACACUCAAGUCUCCAGUCGAGUUUAUUUCAAGUUCGAAAACGACAGCCGAUGCUUGCGAAAAAGGAGAUGAUGAAUGCGGGGACGUAAACGAUGGUGACGACAAUACGGAGAGUGCGCGCAUUAGCAAAAAGGAUCCAUUCUUACGAAGAACCGAGCUGCUUUCGAAAAGUGGAUUUGCGCAGAAGCUAGUGGAAGCAUGUGCGACCAACGCAGGGGAGCUGUUACGAUCGCCUCUCGGGAAGGACGUCAUCUACGAGGUAGCACGCGGUGGCGUUGACGGAAUAAUGUUGAAAGCUACGCCGGAAGGAAUAUCAUCAGUGCAUAAAGCAAUAGCGGACCUAGCUGCAUUACCAAAAGACAAGAAAACAGAAGAGGAACACGUGCUGGAGCACUACCAUGCUAGCCGCACGAUCCGGAGGCUGGUUCUGGACAGCAGCUGUCAUAAGUUGGAUGGGAGCUCGGAGUCUUUUGCGCAAAUGCUGUGGAGCCUCGCACUGCAAGGGAGGUGCACAACAUGGGCGCGAGGUCACAGUGCAAAAGUGGUAGCGGCCUUUAGAGACAGCGAAGACCCAGCCGUGCGGCGAGUUGCAAAAUCCGAAAUUAACUCGCUCGUCGAUAGUGGAGUUCUGGAGGGCCGAAAGGCUAAAGCAACCUCGGCGGACGCAGCUAGAAAGUAAAACACGAGUCGUACAUUGUCCCGCAAUAGCAGCCAUGAUUUGUGAGAGAUCUUUUUUCGAGCCAGUUGACGAACGCGAAGCGGGAACACACUGGGCCCUGGGUGUUGCUAACGAGCGAGCGGAGGUGCAUGCACGUCGUAUCUGUGCAAGGAGGAGCCGUCCAAAAGCUGAGGCCCCACGAGAAAUCAUAUCCAAUCUGCACGAGGCACCGUGUGUAACUGAGGGGGGCGGCUGGAGGGGAGCAGUACGAUGCUCACACUUAACUCCCUGCGGUACAAGGCCCGGCUGAUGGAGCGUCGGGUCCAAGCCCAAGGGGAAAGAAGAAGAACAUCUCAUCUCGGUGGUUACAUUGGCACCGCCCCGCACACUUGCCAAUUCAGUCCAGAUUGCAAUCAAAGGCUGGGGCUGCUACUACUGGCUGUGCUGGAGUGAUUUAAGAGCAGCCAACCAGUCAAGCCAAGCUGAAAGAGGAAAAAGGUGAGGGAGAUUCCCCCAGGAAUUCCAGCACAGGCAAAAAGCAAGCGAGCAGCACUGUUUUGAUGCGGACGCUGCUCACUCGCCCAGAGGAGCCCAUCACUACUGUAGCAAGGGUAGCAGCAGUGCAAUAAUGCAUGUUUGCUGUUGGUGCUGGUGACCAGUGAGCACUGUGGCCAGGCAAGGACAGUAGUAGCCACACCUCCAUGAUGCAUGCUUUGCCAAUUAUGAGGGCAAUCUAGUGCAUGUGUCAGGGGGAGGGGAGAUUGCUUCAGACAGCAGGUGCAGUGCAGAAUGCAAAAAGCAGAUUUCAGAAUUCAGAAGGUGGCUGGCUAGCUGGUUUUGAUGUUUAAAAGUAUACAUACGGUUCUUUAGAAUACAUAAAUUUAUGUAAUCA